AUGCCCGCCGCAGACAUCAUCACUCUGGCGAAUCUCCUUGACAAGCUUCCACCAUGGCACCCCGAUGAUGAGAAUCACCUCUACGCCAUUGUCGACAUGGGAAGCAAUGGUAUCCGGUUUUCAAUCACUUCCAUGGAACCUCCGACAACGAGGCUGCUCACGCCCAUCUUUUCCAGUCGGGCACCCAUAUCUCUGUUUGAUGCCCUGGAACCGUCAGCCAGCGGGCUGAUCUUCCCCUCCGAGACCGUCGAAGCUGUCGCGUCUGCUCUGUCGGGAUUCCGCCAGGUGGCCCUGAUGCACGGCGUGCCCCAGUCGCAGAUGCUGAUUUUGGCCACCGAAGCGAUGCGCCGCGCGUCAAACGGGGGUCAAAUGCUCGAGGCCAUAGCAGCUGCCACGAAUGGGCUUGGAGUGCUAAUCUUGGACCCCGCCGUUGAAACCCUCCUUGGUGCAGUCAUGGGCUCGCGAAGCAAUCUGGCCCAUGUCCCCGACGGGGGCGCACUCUUUCUCGACCUGGGCGGUGGUAGCCUGCAGAUGACGUGGGUCGAUGCCACCAAGGAGAAUUACGAGUUUGACGCUGCCAUGGCUGGCGAGAGCCUUCCCUACGGCGCUGCCAAACUCGCAAAUCGUAUCCGGGGGCAAUCCGCCCAGGCCCAGGCAGAGGAGACGAAAACGCUGCAGGACGGGAUCGCGCGCAUUUACGCCAGCCUAUGCGACAAGUUCCCUACCCUCCAAGCCACAAGGGAGGCUCAGGAUGGCGGAGACGAUGCAGCAGUCGUCGAUGUUUACAUGUGCGGUGGUGGAUUCCGCGGCUACGGAAGCAUGCUGAUGCACAACGACCCAAUCUCACCCUACCCAAUCCAUUCGACCAGCACAUACUCUGUCCCGGCAUCUCAGUUCAAGCAGCCAACCAAGAUGCGCCAAGUCAACGAGGAGCAUGUCGGAAAGAUUCAUGGCAUGUCCAAGAGGAGACGCCAGCAUUUUCCCGCAAUCGCUGCCGUCAUCGAAGCCUUCAUCGCCGUCGUGCCCAACAUCCGCCGAGUCACGUUCUGCGGCGGGUCCAAUCGACAGGGAGCAUUGAUGAUGAAGAUGCCCAAGGAAAUUCGUGAGAGCAACCCACUCGAAGCUCUGGCAGGUGUUAAAGACGGCGAAAGACCAGUCUUCGAUGCUGUUGUCAACCUGCUGUCCGCUUCGCUCCCUGCGGCUGAGACAAACUUCCAAAACAUGCCGACUGUGUUGGCUCGUGGACUGGCCGCCUUGUUCAUCCGCCAGAUCUGGACACGAGCAGGAUACAGUUCCAGCUGCAACACGUCGUUCGCCCUGCAUCAUUCCGUUGUGCGCGAUUCAGACUGUCCCGGUUUGACCCAUCUCGGUCGUGCACUACUAGCUGUAACCUUGUGCGCGAGAUGGGGCAACGAUAUCGGGCCCUCUGAUGAAGCCUUGUACAGGGGCCUCUGGGGGAUAAUUGAAAACCAUCAAACAGACGCGGUCUUCUGGGCUCUCUACAUUGGCGCCGUGUCCAACCUUUUGACCUCGGUGUUUCCGGUGAUGCCCAGAGAGCCAGGGACCCUCGUGUCUGCACUUGGGUUCAGCUCGCACGUCUCAAAGAUAAAGGCAGGCCGGAAUAAAGUGGAAUUAACUAUCCAACUAUCAGCGGAAAUUGCCAAAAGGAUCAAUCUAGAGCAACUCGCUGACACCUUCAAGAGCACCACCAAGAACAAGGGAGGCAAAACUGGAUACAAAGCAUCUCUCAACGCCUCUUUUCUUCUCUGA